UGCACACAAUCUCCAUUCACCAAAUCGCCAGCCGCUAAUCUGUUUAUUAAUGAUUAGGAAUUAGGAUAGUAAUUAUUGGUUGUAUGAUAUGUGAAUAACAAACAUUAAUAUUUUAUUAAAGACCAGCUACAUAAUAUUUUAAAUAAUAAAUGUUUUGUGAGUAAUAAUAAUUUGGGUGAAUUCUUAUUUUAUACAAGUAGAAAAAUAUAAGAAGACUGAAAUAAGUUUCAUUUUCCAUAACAAUGAAAAUGUGCCUUGAUAAAAAACUGUUGCCCAUAAAAGGUCAUUUCUUCCUAUUCAAUGCUGGUACUGCCCCAUUGGUUCCAUAUUUGUCAACCUAUGCCCGUCAAUUAGGUUUUUCCUCAGCAACAGUUGGAAUUAUUUAUACUGUAUUACCAAUAUUUGGCCUUAUUGCCAAACCCCUCUUUGGAGUUAUAGCUGAUAGAUUUAGGAUUCAGAAAUCUAUUUUCAUACUUUUUCAAAUAAUAACAAUAUUAAGCUUUUUAGCUAUAUAUUUUAUACCAGAGAAUGCCUCAAGUUUAAACGUGGAAUUGGACUGUGGUAACGGCGCCACGAUCGUCAAAAGCUGUUAUCAGAGCGCCGAUCUAAUUGAUCAAUCCAAGGUUAUUUCUUUGGGCAAUCAAAAUGCGACGGCUGAAUGUCGGAUGACCUGUGAUAUGACGUCUCCGAAGAUGUGGGAAACUGUAUGUGAACAUUGGAAGAUACCGAAGUAUUGCUACAACAACACUGACCAGAUACAAUAUAAAUCUUACAUAAGUGAUGUAACAAUAAGUGAACAAUGUUUACAUAUUGCUGUGAAAAAUGUGACGCUUGAAGGAUAUCAUUUUAAACCAAGCUGUCGCAUUGGAGAUGGUUUUGUCGAUAUUAAUGAGCCGUGCACUCUCAAUUGUACAAAUCAGUAUCUGUCACAGCUUGUCGGCCACGUGCGGCCUAAUAUGACUUGCGUGGAUCAAAUGUUGAACUACCGUUUUUGUGGAACCGAAAUCACACCUGAUUCUAAUUUAAAUACUACUGACCUCCAGCAAUGCAUGGCAACUUGUGACCUUGAUAAAAAUGCUCCUUGGAAAUUAAUGGAGAUUUGCCUGGGUUGGGGUGCCGAUGUAACAGACACAUGCCAUCCAAAAACUCAAUCUGGACAGCACUUACCUUCAAAACUAUCCUUCACUGGCAAUAUGAGAUUAUCUUCCACCUCCACCGAUAAUAACUGUGUUUAUAUAAAACUGAAUCACAUAAAAGUAGAGGAUGGUUCUAUACACUACCCAAAUUGCAUAUCGAAGGCUCAGUAUGAAAUGGAGAUGAGCUUGUUCCAUCCAUCCUGUGAAAUUGACUGUGAUAAUGCUAUGCUCAAUGAAUUAUUAUUCCAUAUAGGAGACACUAGUGAUGAAAAAGAAAUUAAUCAAUUUACAAGACAGUUUUGGCUGUUCUUCAUGCUUAUGAUAAUAAAUUGGAUUGGACAGGCAGUUGUGGUUACAUUUGCCGAUGCUAUAUGUUUCAAUCUUCUUGGUACCAGAAUAUCUCAGUAUGGGAAACAAAGAUUGUGGGGCUCUGUUGGAUUUGGUAUAUUUUCCCUGCUGGCCGGCACAUUGAUAGAUUUAUUCAGUGAUGGUUAUUACAAAGACUACACGAUUUCAUUUGUAUUAAUGUUUGUGUUCAUGAGCGGCGAUGUUGCUGUAUCGUGUUUUCUUAACGUGGAGACAACGAAGUUCUCUGUUAAUAUUCUGGCAGAUGUGGGUUCCUUGGUGAAGUCAGUGCACACAUGUGUAUUCAUAGUUUGGACUAUAGCGGUUGGGCUCUGUACUGCUCUCGUUUGGCAGUUCUUGUUCUGGCACAUAGAAGAUGUUGCAAAGCUCACUACCGAAGGAUCAAAUUAUGUCAAGACGUUGCAGGGUUUGGUUAGUGCUAUACAGACUUUCGGUGGGGAAAUACCGUUUUUAUUUGUCUCAGGAUACAUAUUGAAGAAACUCGGGCACAUCAAUGUGAUGAGUAUUGUUCUCUUUGCAUUUGGCGUGCGAUUCUUGUUGUACUCGUACCUAACGAAUCCUUGGUGGAUCCUGCCAAUAGAAAUGUUCCAAGGAAUCACAUUCGGUAUGUUCUACCCUACGAUGACGUCAUAUGCCAACGUUGUCUCACCACCCGGCACCGAAACCACUGUGCAGGGGUUGGUUGGUGCUAUAUUUGAAGGAGUCGGCACUUCACUCGGUAGUUUUAUUGGAGGUCGUCUUUACGAGACCCACGGUGGUUGGAAUACCUUCCGUUGGUUCGGUAUUGGGGCCUUCAUAGCUUGUUUCUUGCACGCUUUUGCCCAAUACUUGAUAAAAGACAAGUCGGAUCGUAUUGGGCUUAACAAUCAAGGCUAUACGUCUGUGAUUCGCUACGGGCAGCCUACAGAUUCAGUAUUUAUAUUAGAGGAAAUGGAGGGAGACAGCUAAUGUUCUAAGUGAUACAUUGGAUUGAAGUACCUGAAAGACUGGUCUGCGUACAAUAAUUUGCCGACCAAACAUUCUGAAUGACAUUGUAUGCCUUUGGCAAUGAAAAUAUUUUUGCUCAAUAUAUUGUAAUGUUAUAUAUUUAACUAAGUAGAUAGUUGGUUGUUGAGUUAUACAAAUGAUUUAAGUUUUCUUUAGUGUUAAUUCCGCCAAUAUUUGUUUUUAAAACAAUUCGACACGAGUCUCGUGCCAGAUUUUGGCGAGACGACACGUCCUUAGGAUGCCUUGUGUAGAGGCGAAACACGUGUCGAAUUGUUUUAAAAACAAAUAUUGGCGGAAUUAACACUAAAGAAAACUUAAAUCAUUUGUAUCAUUAUGGAUUUCCGCAAAGUAACGCCUAAUUCAAUAAAUUUUCUUAAAUCGGCAGGUUGUUGAGUUGACUGGUUUGCCAAAUCUGAGUUGCGCAUCGCAUAUUCCAAACCAAAAUAAAAUGAUCAAUAUAUAUCAAUAUGGUGAUAUAUCCUUGAUGUCACCAUAACAUUCAGUUUACCGAGAACUGUAUCAUAAUUAUGAAACUUUUAUUCCUUCAGUUUUGAAUUAAUUUAUUCUAGUGUGUGACAACUGAUAGUAGUUAAUCUUCGACGACAAAAUACGACAAUUGCGUUGCGAGUGCCAGUAUUAAUGUACUACCCGGUUAAAAUUAUCUCUUGACCUGACGUUCGAUGACGUCACAUAAACGCUUUGUUACGGUGUGCAAAACAAGCAGCACUAGGAUAUUAUUAUCAAUAAAUAAACAACGAUUAUUUUUUUCAGUAUUAUUAUAAUAAUGAAAAUUCGAUAAAAGAAUCUGAGUUAAGUAAAAAAAGUAUUUAUUUUUCUAUCGGUACUAUUAAAGCGACACAGAACAACAGAAAUUACUGAACUAUUCACACCAAAAUACAAAACGUAACAAUGGAAACAUUAAAAACAAAGCAGUGAUAGCACGAAAAUAUCACGACGUUAAUGAAACUGCAACCGUAUUGACAGAACAGGGUGAAAAGGGAACGGGGGAAUUCACGUUCCAGCGAAGUCCAGAGAUAAUAUGGCCGUGUAGUACGUAAUAACGUUUUGUAUUGUUGAAGAUACGCAUAUCGCAUUUCUUACUUAAAUCACGUGAUGCUGUUAUCACAUUCUAGUUUGCUUUGUUUCAGUAUUAUAAGAAUUAAGCAUUAUUAUGCCAUACUUAAGCACGAGUCCAUGAAUUGGUUGACUAGGUUCGGGAAAUUUCUUAUCGUAUUCUAUAUGAAAACUAAAGACAUUUUUUGUUUUCAAGUUAAUUCACAUUUUGUUAUAUUACAUGCCAUUUUGUUCGAUGACCUUUUGCUAUCUUGUAGGUAAUUUAAGGACUUCUGAUCAAUUAAAUGCGACAUGGAGUUUUGGCAGUCCUCCGUUGAAAUUAAACCUGACACUGCCUAAAGAAAUCUGAAGAUAUUGAAAAAGGUGCAAGGUGUGUCUAUAAUAUAACAUAUAACACCUCCCAGCAAAUCUCCAAAGAACCAGCUUAUCGUGAUAAAGAAGACGAACCAACCAGAGAUAAAAGUCUACACCUACUGGUGAAUUUCUGCCACUUUCAAAUUCUUUAAUCUGAUCUAGCUCGCUACUAAGAAUACGCAAACGCAAACGAUGUUAAGAAUGCCCAUCUAAUCCCACCACACACACGGCAUCACCUCAUUGCGACCUAAAGCGAAUUUUGCCACAGACGUGAAACCUGACCGACCUUUUUCAAAUUUCUUAUCGUCCGUGAUCGCAAAUGAGUACAGGUUCAUUGGGUUUCUUUCAGUGACAUCGUGUGGGACCCAAAUAUCGAGAGUUAAUGUCAGAGCAAAUGAAAUGAAACAUUCUACUAGCUUUUCUCUUUGUUCUUCCUUUAUAAUGGCGUUAAAACAAAGCAAUAAUAAUGUUACAGCCGACAUGAUUUUAUGACAAGUUUGUACAUCUAGGUAUAUAUGCGAAAAGACUUUCCCCGACUUAAUCAAACUCAUUCAAAAUAUUCCUUAUUGAUGCGAAACAAAUUACCGAAGCCGUACGGUAUAGACAGUAUUAUAGCGUUGGGAUAUUAAUAUAUUAUACUUCAGAAACAAUUUUUAUACUCAAGAAUGAGGCUAUCAUAUGCGAAAUUAAAUUUAUCGGCCGCGUUAGCGAUGUUAUACAUAUAUGAUUUCUCUAUUGGAGGCUAUAUGCGUUGUAACAUGCAAAAUGACUUUCCACUGUCGAUAAUGUUUUGACAUUUUAGAACCAGCUUUAUAAAUAUAAUCCUCUGGUGUUCCUCACCCUCAUGUGUUUAGAUUCAUUCAGUAAUACAUCAAUCGAACUUUGAAUAUCACCCAAGCGAACACGUGCAUAUCUGUUGUUAAUGUUCCAGUCUACUGAUUCGCAUACUCUCCUAAAAUUGUUGAUUGUUUGAUCACAGAGUAGUUAGGAAACGUCAUUGGUAUAAUCUAUAAUAGAGGAUAUACGAGAAUACGGAUUUUGAUAAUCUCAGCGCUGAAUCCGCUUUCGAGACUCGAAAUGGUCUUACCAGAUGCGCCUCGUGGACCUAUUGUCACUAAGAAGGCAGCUUAUCCCCAAUUCAACGCGCGGCGAAAUAGCCGUUAUUUAUGCCCAAAAACAUUAUAAUUUUUUCUCCUUUAAUUAUAAGGUCCAAUUGAAAUAACUUGUAAGUAGUAAUAUAUUGGAUAAGUAUUCAUUACAAAUAAGUAAUUAUUUGGGAAUUAAUGUGGCAAUAAAAAAUGUUAGUGAAACUCAGCAA